AGACUUAAAGGUUAAACCCUAAAAUGUUUUCACUCUUGUCCUUUGUCUUAAAAAUGUCUCUCCCGCUUCAUCUUCUCCAUUAGUUUCUUGUCUCUACCAAAGUCACUUGCGGAAGAAACGAACUGAAUCUGAACUCUCUCUCUCUCUCUCUCUCUCUCUCUCUCUCUCUCUCUCUCUGUCAUGGCUGUUGUACUCAACCAUGGCUCUCGCAAUCGGAAUCGGAAUCGCCGGAUCUCGCUCCGACACUCCUCCGAUUUGAAAAAGAAACGCACAAUCUCGGGCAAACCAGUUUCUAAUACCACAACAACAUUGAGCCUUAGACAAGAAUUUCACACCUGUAGCAGAGGGUUUCUUAGAUUCAAAUUGUGGGUUCGUGCUUCCGUCUUACUGAAAAAGAAAGCAGCAAGACAUCAUCCUAGCCUUGAUCACUGUAGCAAUCAUCACAAUGAUUCACAAGCUCAACUUGUUGAAGAUGAUGAUGACUGUAGCAAUCAUCACAAUGAUUCACAAGCUCAACUUGUUGAAGAUGAUGAUGGUAGGAUUCAUGAACUUUCUUCCACUGAUGGGGUAGGUAUUAAAAAAAACUCUCUUUUCUUGAAGAAGCUUGUUGAGGAGUUUUCUCCUGAACCUUUCUUACCUCUCAAAGAGGAGGAAGUAGCUCAAGUCAAGACUGCCUUCUCUGAGACGAAUAGAAUGAAGAUAAUGGUUUCUCAUAACAAGUCCAGAAUUGAAAUCUGUGGAGAAGCUUUACAAUGCCUUAUGCCGACUCAAUUGCUUAACGACGAGGUCAUUAAUCUCUAUCUCGAGUUGCUGAAAGAGAGAGAAACUAGCUAUCCCCAAAAGUACUCCUUCGUCAAGUGUCACUUCUUCAACACCUUCUUUUACGUUAAGCUCGUAAGGGGCUCCGGCUACAAUUAUGAAGCUGUCAGGAGAUGGACUAGCCAGAAAAGGCUAGGAUAUGAUCUUAUUGACUGUGACAUGAUAUUUGUUCCAAUCCACAACCGUGUACAUUGGUCCCUGGCAGUGAUUAACAAUAAGGAACGCAAGUUCAUGUAUCUUGAUUCAUUGAAUGCAGCUGUUCCUCAUCCUACAAUUUUGAAUGCUCUGGCAAAGUACUUGGUAGAUGAAGUAAAAGACAAGAAUGGAUAUAAAAUGGACAUUACUUCAUGGGACAUGGAAUACGUUAAAGAACUUCCUCAGCAACAGAAUUGGUUCGACUGUGGCAUGUUUAUGCUUAAAUACAUUGAUUUUUACAGUAGAGGACUGAGUCUACAAUUUAGCCAGAAACACAUGCCAUACUUCAGGUUAAGAACAGCAAAGGAGAUACUCAAUUUGCGAGCUGACUAAUUACUUCCCCUUCUUGGUGACAUUAGCUUUGCUAUUUUACAAAGCCAACAUUGGUAUUAUUAUAUUAGUUAAGCCUCCUCUUAGUUAAAAAAUUCUAUUUGGAGUGUGGAGAAUGCUACCUAGCUAUCUUGAUUCCUUUAAUUAUUGGUUAAAUCUUUCAUUUUUUUUUUCUUUGUUGAGAUGAGAAAUGAAAUUUAAAGUUUUAAACGAAAAAAAAAAAAAUUAUAAGUAAAAAAAACAUGCAUAGCUUAAAUGAUAUAAAUGGGACAGCGUUAUCUUUUAGCUAUUAUCUUUACUUGUCUAAAUUAACAUAAGAAAG